GUUGAAUCCAGGAUCACCCUCCCGGCACCCUUUCUGUUCCUGGACGUCGUUCGUCUCAGUGCGCGUCCUUCCCGUUCACCAUGAGGCCCCACGCCCUUCUCUUCCUCGCCGUCUCGGCACCCAGUCUUGCCAUUGAAAUGGUGGUUCGCUCGACGGGCGGGAACGCAACCACCCCGCACAUGUAUGGUUUCUUGCAUGAGGACAUCAACAACUCGGGAGACGGAGGCAUCUACGCCGAACUGAUCCGUAACCGCGCAUUCCAGGGCAGCGAGAAAUACCCCUCCAACCUCGACGGGUGGUCGCCCGUCCAUGAUGCCAUUCUCUCUCUGAAAAAGCUUUCUACCCCUAUCUCCGCAGCGCUGCCGUACUCGGUGAAUGUGGCACCACGUGAGGGUAAGACGAAGGGCAAGAUUGGGCUUGCAAAUGCCGGCUUCUGGGGCAUGGACGUGAAGGCGCAGAAGUACACCGGGAGCUUCUGGGUGCAGGGCACGUAUAAGGGGGAUUUCCAGGUCAGCUUGAAGAGUGCGAUCACUGGCGAGGUCUUUGGGGCGGCCAAGAUCAGCGGUCCGAGCACGAGCGAGUGGACAGAAAAGCGGUUUGAACUCGUCCCUGAGAAGAAUGCGCCAAACAGCAACAACACUUUUGUUCUUGAGUUCGAUGCUGAGGGGCUGAUGGAGGGCUCUCUGAACCUGAAUCUGAUUAGCUUGUUCCCGCCAACGUACAAGGACCGGAAGAACGGGUUACGUGUGGACAUUGCGGAAGCGCUUGCUGGGUUGAAGCCGACAUUUCUUCGGUUUCCUGGUGGCAAUGCUCUCGAGGGCAAUGACCUUAACUCGUUCUACAAGUGGAAUGAAACGAUCGGGCCCCUGAAGGACAGGCCAGGCAUGGCUGGUGUGUGGAACUACCAGAUGACGAACGGCUUGGGCAUCAUCGAGUACUUGGAGUGGUGCGAGGAUAUGAACCUCGAGCCGAUUCUUGGUGUCUGGGCUGGUCUCGCCCUUGACGGAAACUUCCUCCCUGAAUCCGAGAUUGGGUGGGCAGUUCAGUAUGCCCUCGACGAGCUCGAGUUUCUGGUGGGCGAUGCCAACACCACGAAAUGGGGUGCUGUCCGUGCCUCGCUUGGCUACCCGAAGCCAUGGAACAUUACUUAUGUCGAGAUCGGCAAUGAGGACUGGCUCGCUGGCCGGCCCGCCGGUUUCGAAUCGUACAAGCGGUAUCGAUUCCCGGCCUUCAAAAAGGCGUUCGAGGAAAAAUAUCCGCAUAUCCAGCUCAUUUCGUCCCCAUCAGUGUUUGAUGACAUGGUGAUCCCAAAGGGGGUGGCCGGUGAUUGGCACCCAUACCUCACGCCGGAUGAAUUUGUUACGGGCUUCAAUAAGCUCGAUGGGUUGACGAAGGACAAUUUGACAUUAAUUGGAGAAGCUUCUUCGGUGCACCCCAAUGGGGGAAUCAAAUGGGAAGGCCAGCUCAUGCCCUUCCCGUGGUGGGGAGGCAGUGUCGCAGAAGGGAUUUUCUUGAUUAGCGCUGAGAGGAACGCAGACAGGAUUCUCGGCGCAGCCUUCGCCCCGAUCCUCCGCAACAUGAACCAGUGGCAGUGGAGCAUCACGAUAAUCCAGCAUGCAGCUGAUCCAGCACUUACCACGCUCUCCACGAGCUGGUAUGUCUGGCGGCUACUCGCAAGUCACAUCAUCAAGACCACGCUCCCGGUGUCAGCGCCGCCCGGGAAGCCCAAUCUAGAUCCCCUCUACUACGUCGCCGGGCAAAGUGCCGCAGGCACCGGAAUCUUCAAGGCUGGCGUGUACAACUCAACCGAGUCCGUGCCGGUCUCGCUCAAGUUCGAGGGAAUCACGAAGAAGGGGGCAACGGCAAAGCUGACGGUUCUUACCGGACCCGCUGACCCGUAUGGCUACAAUGACCCAUUCACUCGGGUAAAUGUCGUCAAGGAAACGCACUCUGAGCUGUCUGCAGGGCCGGGCGGAGUGUUCGAUUUCAGUAUUCCGCCGCUGAGCGUUGCGGUUCUCGAGACGUCUGAGAGAAUUAAGGCCCCAUGCCGUCCGCGGAGGAAGUGAACUUCCGCGUGCUAGUGAACAGCUAGAGAAUCAUAAACCAUGCUAUAAGCAUCCGAGUCGGUAGAAGUGGAUGCCAUCUAUGCAGCUCGAGUACCCGAGUAUACUCUCUACAUAGCUCGCUGUCUUUCUAACCUUGAGGAAUGAUGGACGAAUGGCCGCUGAGUGACUACUCGGAUUCUAAAAUGAGUGUUAUGGGCUGGCAAACUCUCCGCUGGCUUGCAAUGGGAGGUCGAACGAGUCCAUGUGGUCUCAUGCAUUGAGAAUGAAGAGAGGCAGGGUGGCUUAUAGUGAAAGAGCAAGAAAG